CUCGAUCAGUUUAUGUUGGCAAUGUAAGAUAGCUUAUUUUCUACUUCAUGGUAUCUCUUCUGUGCUUGAAUCAUUGUUUCAUCUAAACGGCUUUGAUCUGUUUGCCAAUCUUAGUGUGGAUUAGCUUAGGCUGACUAUUUUGUUAACUUAAAUUUCAUCUUUGAUAAAAGAACUGCUUGCAAUUGUGUCUUAGCUUUGUUCUUUAUCCCUUGAGAUUACUGUUAGAAUCUGUAUCAAGAGGCUUUCUCUAAAUUUAAUGUUGUGAAGUAGGUUCUUUAUUGUUUCUAGUUGAAGAGUUUGACCUCUAUGUCCUAUAUAAUCGCAGGGUUGUUCUCAUAAAUGAAGUUCUUAAUAGCUCUGGGUUCUCAACUAAGUUUUGUGACUGUUUUGCUAGUUUCCUUGUUGUAGUGUUAAAAUCAUUCUUCCCGUGCAAUUUGAUGAUAAAAAAGCUAUAAAAAAAAUGUUGAAAGUAAAAAGAAAAGAGAAGGAAAAAAAUUUGAAAAAAAAAAAAAAAGAUAUAGCAGAAAAAUGUGGAGAAAAAUAUUGCAUGAGCUUGAAAAAAAAAAGAAGGAUUUCUUGAGAGGAAAAAGGGAGUCUGAGUGAGUUGGGUGGGAUUAGAAAGCAAGGUUUCUGUUAUCCUUGAGGAGAUGGUCUCUGAACUCUGAAGAGCUGGAUCAAGAUGCCAAGAUGCUGGAUGCUUUCUAAACAAGACCCAAAGCUCCGCAGGGAGGAUACUUGGAGCUAAUACAGGUUUGGUUGUUUGCGGAUUUCGCGAGAGGCUGCAGUUUGAUGCUGGCCUUUUAUCAUGUAUUUUUGAACUCACGCUCAUAAAAUGAAGACUUUCAUAGCGUUUAUGUACCAUACAUAACUUAGGUCUAAUGUUAGACAUGGAAAAUUGCUUUAGAACACACAAGUUUGUCUCUUGGCUUCCCUUAGUGGGGUGGUUAACUUAUCUAUCUGUUACGUUCUCAGUAAGUCAUGGUUUUAGUUGUAAUAAGAAUGCUUGUGUUGUACUAAGACCUCAUUAUCCACCCUGCAGGUCGACUAUGCCUGUACACCUGAAGAAGUGCAACUACAUUUCCAAACAUGCGGAACAGUCAACCGGGUAACCAUUCUAAUGGACAAGUUUGGACAGCCAAAGGGAUUUGCUUAUGUGGAGUUUGUAGAAGUGGAAGCCGUGCAAGAAGCUCUGCAGCUGAAUGAAUCAGAGCUUCAUGGUCGUCAACUGAAGGUCUCGCCUAAGCGAACCAAUGUUCCUGGAAUGAAACAGUAUCAUCCUGGGCGUUUCAACCCUUCAAUGGGAUACCGCUUUCGCAGACCCUUUGUGCCUCCGUAUUUUUAUUCCCCAUAUGGAUACGGGAAGGCUCCUAGGUUCAGAAGGCCAAUGCGGUACAUGCCUUACCAAUAGAAACCGUACCGGAAUAAGAAGAACUAUGACAGAGAUGAUGCCGAGGUCGUCCCUCCAUUUCGAGCUUUAUAUAUGAAUAUGACUUUGCUCGCACCUGAACUUAAUUUUGAAUCUGUCAUGUACGGAUGAGAUUAUAAGCUUUUGUUUCUUUAGAUUAUGAUUAUAUUUGGUCGAUAUUACUUUCAGUUUAUAUCUUUGUUAGUACUUUCUUUCAUCCAAAGGGGGCUAAAUAAGUAUACCAACAAGAAGAUUGAUGUUACGUAGAGAAGCCUUUGUAAGAAGCUAUUAUGUUUCCGCAAAAAAUCCCUUAGUCAGAAGCUAACCUUUACUAAUCAAUGAUGUAUGGUAUAAUCAAAUCCCUUAUUCCUUAUAGUAUUUGUUAUCUUUUCGGUUUGGAGAAUCGAUGAUUACAGAGUAAAAAAAAGAAUAAUGU